GAUCAGCGCUUGUGUUUUCGGUUUCGUUGUUUGGUGCUUGUAGAUCGAUGUGAUUAUGGCUGCGGGUCCAAUUGCUGAACGUAAUCAAGAUGCUACCAUAUAUGUUGGCGGGUUGGACGAGAAAGUUACAGAAGCCCUUAUGUGGGAACUCUUUGUUCAGUCUGGGCCAGUUGUCAAUGUUCACAUGCCGAAAGAUCGUGUCACACAGAUGCAUCAAGGGUAUGGAUUUGUCGAAUUUAUGGGAGAGGAGGAUGCAGACUAUGCUAUUAAAAUAAUGAAUAUGAUCAAACUUUAUGGUAAGCCGAUUCGUGUGAACAAGGCAUCAGCUCAUCAGAAGAAUCUCGAUGUCGGAGCUAACAUCUUUAUCGGCAAUCUUGAUCCUGAAGUUGACGAGAAGCUAUUAUAUGAUACAUUUUCAGCUUUUGGAGUUAUUCUGCAAACACCAAAGAUCAUGCGUGAUCCAGAAACCGGCAACUCCAAAGGCUUUGCUUUUAUUAACUUUGCCAGUUUCGAUGCUUCAGAUGCAGCAAUUGAAGCAAUGAAUGGACAAUAUUUGUGUAACAGACCUAUUUCCGUGUCUUAUGCAUUUAAGAAAGAUGCAAAAGGAGAACGACAUGGGUCAGCUGCUGAGCGCCUCCUAGCUGCACAGAAUCCACUGUCUCAGGCAGAUCGGCCCCAUCAGCUGUUUGCAGAUGCUCCACCUCCAAUACCACCACCACCUGCGCCAAUGCCUCCGCAGCAGCUGCCUCCUGUCCCUGUGCCACCUGUUCCAGUAAUGAUGGGCGCUAUGCCUCCCCCACCUCCUCAGAUGGCUCAUAUGCAUCCAAUGCAUGCUCCUCCUCCACCACCUCCUACAUCCAUGCCUGUUGCUGUUCCAAGACAUCCUCCUCCACCACCACCCAUACCACCUCAGCACCCACCACCUAUGCCACCAGGUGUGCCUCCGCCUCCUCCAGUGCCUCCUAUGAGCAGGGCAGCACCACCCCCACCGGUGCCACCACCGCCACAUGUUGCUGCUUCCGUUGCUAGUGGUCUACCUCAGAUGCCACCACCAGUCUCAAUGCCACCUCCACCACCACAACAGCCUCCUCCUCCACAGCAACAGCAGCAACCACAACAAGCACAGCAGCAGGUGCCUUCGAUACCACCACCACCACAAGCCCCACCACCACCAAGAAUGAUGCCACCUCCAUGGCAAGGUCAACAAUUUCCCCCACCACCACCGACUCAGUUUACACCUGGUCAGUUUCCUCCUCCACCUCCACAUGGUGCACCACCACCAGGUUGGCGGCCACCACCACCUGUUCGUCCUCCAUUUGGACGGCCACCAUUUCCACCAAGAGGUCCACCUCCACCACCUCGUGGACUGAGACCUCCACCACCACCGCAACCAGGACAACAACCUGAUGCUACUGCUGCAUAUAAUGGUUACCAGGAUCAGACAGGAAACUUCCAGAAUGGAUAUUCCAAUUAACUUGUACAGUUAAUUAUAUGUGUGAGUGACUUGGUGCACUGUGAACUACAGAUUUACAAUAAAUAGUACCACAGUAUGAAAGCCCUGUGAAGAUUGUGAUUUUUCUAUCUGUGACUAUGAAUAAUUUGCAAGGGAAGCAACAUGUCUCUUAUAAACCUCUUGUUUGUGUUUGUUUACAUACACUAUUGUACUGUGACAUGGACAUUUAGUUAAAUUGAAGUGCUUGAGAAUCAAUGUUAUUCCAUUUGCAAAUUGUAAUAUUGUUGCUGUGUGCUUACAUUUUUGACUUUUGUACCUUUAUUUUGAGGACAGUUUUAAUUCUGAGUGAAACUGGUGGAAAUGAAUAAUUCUAGUGUGUGUUAGACUGACUUUAAACAAAUACUGUUUCUAUUUGGAAUUGGCAAAACAACUUUUGUGUAUGGAACAAAUUAUAAGAUAAAUUAGGUAUGUUGUAACAUUUUUUCUUAUUAAUUUGUUGGCCCAUUACAGCAAUAUAUUUCAUCUGCGAUACUUGCAACAUUGAAAAGACAAUAGAUAUAUUGACUGGGGCCUAUUUGUUCCUUUCAUUGCAUUGGUAGUGACCAGUGCUUUUUACUGUUCUUCUGUAGUGGCAGUUUAUGUAGGCCUAUGUAUAAUUUAUUUUUAAUAGAAACAGAUGAGAUUUGUGUUUCUUUCCGAGUUUUGAAAGGAGUUAGUUCCCAUCAACCUUGUGUUAAAUUUAAACUCAUGGUUCACUGCAGUUAACAGCUGUCAUUGUCAUCAUUAAAAAUUUGAUUUUGAGAUUAUGGUUUGCUUCAAUGGUACUAUGAUAUUUACCUUCGCGCCUAAUUUUCACAGUUUCAAGUCAUUCAGGAUUAAAUGAGCCACACUUUUAUUCUUUGUAGGGGAGAGUGUUGAGACUUGUUCCCUUUUUUACAUUUUACUUUUUGAAACAGCAGGUAUAAACUUCAGAAAAAAACUAAAAUGUGUAAUAUUCAGUUUUUAACUCUUUCUGUCCCUAUUUUUAAUUCAAAUCUUUGCUAGUUAGCAUCAUCAUAAAAAAUUAAAAACCAAAGUUGUGCAGUCUCACCAUGUGUGGAACGCUUGAUCCCUUUUAUGGGGAGACUUGAUUUGCCAGUUUAUUGUGGUAAAUAAAACAAUUAAUUCAUUAUUCAAACCAAAUUUUAUUUUGUCUAGAAAAUUUAAAAGAGAGAAAUAAGGUUUAAUAACAAAAAAAUUAAUGUAAGAAUCUUAAAAAACAAAUUUAUCCACAGUCUGUAGAGGCAUUUAUUGAAGUGCAAUCGGUAGCCUACAAAACGUUAUGAGAGCUUCAAAAUGCCACUAAGUUAUCAAAUAUAUAAUUUAAAUAAUUAAAAUGACUGACAGUAAAAAUAUAAUUAGCAUGUUUAGUGUAUUCACGAUGACAUACAUGAUUAAGUACAAUCAUAGAAAGACACACACACACACACUUCUUGGGAUGAUCAGUAAUGACUGUUGUGUUUGAAAUACCCAACUUGAUGAAAUUGUAGACAAACAUACCAAUUAUUGAAUAUUGAAGCCCCCAAAUUUGACACUGUUAAAAGUGAAACUGGUAACUCUGUUAUUCUUUGUAGAAAGUGUUGGAGGUGGAAUCACUCGUAGAAUUUGGUUUCUUUCAAUGUCAUGUAUACCUUCAGCUUCUGACCACUUGAAAUGUUGGCCCUCUUAUGUUUCUUGCAUAUUUGACAGUGAAAUUAUCUUCAUCAGGAACAUUGAUAAUCUCUCCCAGUCUCUAAGGUCUUUCUACAAGUUUCAAUCUUUGUGCAUUUCUCGCUCCGAGUUCAUCUUCAAGUUUAUGUUUUACCGGAAUGUUCAUCAGGAUUGCUGUAGAUGCUCAUUUGCGUCUUCUUCUAGUUCUAGGUCUAAUUACGAAAUAUGAAAGUGUUGAUACUUAAACAGACUCCCUUGGAGAAUCACAGAUUCUGAGUGGUCUGUGUUCUAUAUGCAGGCAAAAAUUCAUCACUCUGAUGAAUACAUCAGAGUUAAAGACUAUAUACCUGAAAUGUGAAAACCACUGGUCACGUUGUUGUGUGUGAAAUCUUUAGGGAAAGCUCUAUCAAAAACCUCAGAGCUAUCAUAGAUAGAGACAGUUUUCCGUGGAUGCAUUGUCAUCCAGUCUCGUGCAGCAGAGCUAUCAAGUGGUUGCAUUUUAUGGGAUGCAGAGGGAGAAAUUGUCAAAUGAAUAAUUCCAUUUUCUUUCACAAAAUCUAUAGAUUCCAAACUAAUAUGACCAUCAUGAUUGUCCAUGAUGAUAAGCACUUUGUAUUCAGCACUGCAUUUCACACAUUUCUGAAAAUGUUUUAAAAACAGAACAAUAUUAUCAGCUGUCGUCCAACUGCUGGAAUGAGUGGACCACUGUUUCCAGGAGGAGCUUCAUGCAGUGUCGUAUCCUGCCAGUUCACAUGUGGAGGGAUAGUGAAUGAUGGAAUGUGACCACCUAAAGCAUUUAUUACACAACAUGCUGUCACAAGUUCACCUCUCUCAGCAGAAGUACUUUUCCUAUCUGUUUCUUUCCUCUUACAGCCACUAUUUUUCCUGGUUUGUGGACUGUAGUAAGACCCAUUUCAUCUGUGUUACAGAUAGAUUCUGGUCCAAGAACUUCCCUAGUGAUAAUCUGGUGAAGAUUAUCAAAAAAAUUAUCUAACAUUGUGUCUAAUUAAUGCUGCUUCCUCUGCUGCUACUGAUUCCUCUUGGUGUGUGGAGAGAGGUCAGGAUGCCUUCUCAUGAAACCUGUGAAACUGUCAUUUCCAACUUUGCCAUCUCUCUUCCAGUUUUCAGGAAUUUUUAUUUUCAGAAGGAAAUUUAUAUGCAAGUACACACCGUUUUGCACUCAGGCCAUGGUGUAAGUUGCUAGCUGUUUUGAAAUAUUCACAUAAAGAAUAUUCUUCCUCAUUUGAAAACACUUGCAACAUCUUGUAUUUAGGACAAUAAGAAAUUUCAAUAUCUUGAUUUAAUUACUUCCUAACAUAAUGUUUUGAGGUUGUUAGCCGGUCUUGGAAUUCCUUUUAAGCUUCUCAAAAGUUUUUCCUUCCAGUGCAAGCCAUACUUGUAGAGUCAAUUUUUUUCCUAGCUUUGGUCCCCCUCUUUCCUUUUAUGUGUAAGACCCAUAUUUCUGGAAUAUAAAGAAAAUUUUUAUACUUUUCAUUUUAAUUUACUAGGUUUGUUUCACUUUCACCCAUUUUAUAUAAUUUAAAGCAUUGUUAUAUGAUAUGACUUGUUGGGUGUGGUAUGUUUUACAAUAAUGUGAUGCCACAAAAAUAAUUAAAUCUUUGGGAAACAUUUGAAUAGGGACUCUUGAUCCCUGGACCAAGUAUCCCUAUAAGACAUGGAUAAACAAAAUUGUUUCUGAAUGCUCCCUAAUCUACAGUUAGCUUUUAUUUUCAGUUAUGCUUUAUGCCUUAAAAGUAUGAACUUUUACCAGAAAUAGUUAGCAGCAUUAUUUCUUACAUAAUUAAUAUGUAUAAAGAAAUAGAUUCACUUACCAAA